UGUGUGCAGAUCCUAUGAAGUGAGCGCAGCCGUGGAGUAAAUUGUGCGAGUCCAGAGAGCUUAGCUCCACAUGUUUGAGCUGGCAUUUUUUGAUUUUUGACACUUUUUUUCCUGCUGCAGUUUCUCUUUUCUGCCCCUCCUCUGGGUUAUUAUCCGCUCAGGACAAAGCCUGGGGAAAAGAACUGAAGGGACAGACAGAGAGAGAGGGAGAGGGAAACAUUGAGGCAGAGUGAGACGCAGAGUGAAUAGAUGUUGCGCAGCUAAAAGCAGAGGAAACAGCAGAGAGUGAGAUUCCAGCCAUCGCGCUUCGCGGCCACAGCGUUUUCCGUCUGACAGAUUAAAAUUAAAGGACAAAAGCAUCACCUCCGCCUUCUUCCAGCCCACUACCACCCGAUCAGCAGCCUGCACGUCGCUGUGUGUGUGUGUGUCUGUGUGUGUGUGUGAGUGUGCACAGAGAGGCGCUGCAGGCGUAUGUUGCUUUUCUUCCUGGUCCUAGGAGGCAUGGACUGGAGAUGCAGCUGGGGUCUUAGUGAGCGCUAGCUCUGCAGAAAUCCCCUUCCCCUCACCAAAAGGUCCAGAUCAAGAGGAGCAACUCCAGUGGAGGGGGGAGGGGGGUUAAAGGAGUGUUGGAGGAGGAGAAGAGAGGGGGAGCACCCUCAUUGGAGUAUUGUGGAGGGUCUUCCACUGCUGUUUUUUCCCCCUUUUUGCCCAUUCUCAUCUCCAUCAUCUUCAGCUUUUGCUGCGAUGCAUAGUUUUUAAGCCGAAGAAUGUGGAGACAACAUUUUCCAGGUAUUCGGCCCCAAAUCAUGAAUGGGCCAAUGCAUCCACGCCCCCUGGUGGCGCUCCUGGACGGACGCGAUUGCACCGUCGAGAUGCCUAUCCUCAAAGACCUGGCCACGGUUGCAUUCUGCGACGCCCAAUCCACACAAGAAAUACACGAAAAGGUGCUGAAUGAGGCAGUGGGAGCCAUGAUGUAUCACACCAUCACACUGACCAGAGAGGACCUGGAAAAGUUUAAAGCCCUGCGCAUCAUCAUCCGCAUCGGCAGCGGCUACGACAACAUUGAUAUCAAAGCAGCUGGAGAGCUGGGAAUUGCAGUCUGCAACAUUCCCUCAGCAGCCGUGGAGGAGACGGCCGACUCCACCUUGUGCCACAUCCUCAACCUUUAUCGACGAAACACCUGGCUCUACCAGGCUCUCCGGGAGGGCACGAGGGUCCAGAGCGUGGAGCAAAUCCGUGAAGUUGCGUCCGGUGCCGCCCGCAUACGCGGCGAAACCCUCGGCCUCAUCGGCUUCGGACGUUCGGGCCAAGCAGUGGCCGUGCGGGCCAAGGUGUUUGGCUUCAACGUCAUCUUCUACGACCCCUACCUGCAGGACGGCCUGGAGCGCUCUCUGGGAGUGCAGCGCGUCUACACUCUGCAGGAUCUGCUCUACCAGAGCGACUGCGUGUCCCUACACUGCAACCUGAACGAACACAACCACCACCUCAUCAACGACUUCACCAUCAAACAGAUGCGUCAGGGUGCAUUCCUGGUCAACACCGCCCGAGGAGGUCUGGUGGAUGAGAAAGCCUUGGCCCAGGCGCUGAAGGAGGGCAGGAUACGUGGAGCUGCCCUGGACGUCCAUGAGGCAGAGCCCUUCGGUUUUGCCCAGGGUCCGCUGAAAGAUGCCCCCAACCUGAUCUGCACACCACACACAGCCUGGUACAGUGAGCAGUCGUCGCUGGAGAUGAGAGAGGCAGCGGCCACUGAGAUCCGAAGAGCCAUCACCGGCCGGAUCCCCGACAGCCUUCGAAACUGUGUCAACAAAGAGUUUUUUGUCACCACGGCGCCCUGGGCCGUUAUGGAUCAACCAGGGAUUCACCCUGAGCUCAACGGGGCUGCCUACAGAUACCCACCGGGUGUGGUUGGAGUGGCUCCAGGCGGCCUCCCUGGAGCUUUAGAGGGCAUGGUGCCGGGUGGUGUGCCCAUCGCCCACACCCUGCCCUCCGGCACACACCCUUCCCAGGCCCCGUCGCCCAACCAGCCGUCCAAACACGGAGAAAUCAGAGAGCACCACAGCGAGCAAUAGCAGCAGAAGGGACACGAGCAAAAACGUCAUCUCAUCCAAACCUGUCCACGCUCAGAACCAACCAAUCAGAACGUGUCUGACCUACUGGGACCAAGAGACAGUGAAACCACACAAGUGACCGUCUGUUCAGUCAGUCGGCAACUGGGAACUUAAGUGUUCCGGGGAAUUUGUACUUUUAACGUUUUGGUUUUUACUCUCUCUGUCUCUUUGGCUUCAGUAACGACUUGAUGAUGAUGUUUGUUUUUUUUAUUUCUUUGGGACAUGACAAUGAUUGUGGACACAAGUCCAGUGUUUUAAGCUCUCCUGGGGAAAAAAAAAAACCUGAUGAGAUUCUGUCCUAAUGCCCGUCCCCCUCUUCUCCCUUCACCUUAGAGCUCAUGGGAAACAUAGGCCCACUUCUGAAGACACCAAGAGAUGAAUAAGAUGAAAUUUAAAAAUCGACUGGACCUCAUCACCUCCUCCUACUCUCCUUUUCUUCCUCCUCUUCCUCAUGUAACUAAUGUGUGUUACUUAGGCCCCUCACUUCACCUCAGAAAACUUUUUUCCCGUCUUCUGAUCUUUAGUGUGGAUGAUUUAAAAUGGUUUAUUGAAUUAAAUAUAUUUAUCAGUAGUCACAAAAAAAUUCUCAUAGUGAUCUAAAGUGAUUUUUAACCCUUUCCUGGCAAUACCACCGUUGUCAAAGAAGCAGUUACAAUCUCUCCCCACCGGAGGGCACUGCUGCAUCAUUUGGGAGAAUCCUGAUGGCGACUGCGUGUGAUUUUCACGGUGAAAAAAAUAAAAUUAUCAUUACUUUGUACUUUUUACCGUAGCAAGAUUUUACAGUGAUACAGAACAUGAAUUUCCUGACUUUCAUUUGCAUGGAAUGGUGCGUUCUGAAGAGGAAUAGGGCCAAAUUAGCGAUGGAAUUCUCAAGUAGAGAUGUCCUUAAGAAUUCUAUCAUAACUUUCAGAUAUCUGGGGGGAAGUUGAAAGUAAAUAUAUUUAAAUAAUGUUUAUCUCAGUGUUCUGCCUUGUUCUCAGAGUUUUUGUGGCUAACAGUUAUGAUUUAAGACGAUGUUUCCAAGGUUCUAUGGGGAAAAGUUCUACAUUACUCUUAGAAUACUGAUAAAGAAAUCAGAGCAAUCUGAGUGGCCCUGAUCCUCUUCCAUAGUUAUGUUAGAUAGUUCUGAUAACAUGUAAAAAAAAAAAAAAAUCAUCUGUCCUGACAUACUGAUAUGAUUCAUCGGUCACCCCCUGGGUCAGGAAAGGGUCAAAGUUCACAGGUCGUUUCUUCUUAAAGACUCAGGAAAAAACCUUUUUGCAGAUAUUGUUUAUUCCCAGAGUUUUGUCUUGAAGGGAAUUAUCCAGACUGAUGUGGUCUAGUCUGGAAACGUUCUCGUUCCUCUCCUCAUCCUCUCCAUUGUGGUAUUUUUAUAUACAAGGCUCCUCCUCCUACGUUUUUGGUGUUUAAAGAGUUUUGAAGAGUCCUGUUAGAUUUGUAUUGCCUAGUUAAAUGUUCCUAUAACCAUAGUCCUAUGUGACCCCGCCCCCUCUCGGCCCUCUGCCCUCCUUCUUAUAUUUUCUUUGUUCUAUUCAAGGCCAGGUUCUUUGGGGCAUCCUGUACUCUGUACGAGCAAUAGCAGAAAUUCCUUCUUAGUGUCCCAACAAUAGCAGACGAGGCAGCCAGCAGUAUGUUUUUGUUUUUAGUGUGAGUAUUUGUAUUUGUUUCUUGUACAAGGUGAACAUUUAGCAUUCAGUGCAGUUCCAAUAAAAAGAUACAAUACUU